CGCCCCCUAGUCAAGGCGCAAUUGAAGCUCCGCGGGGCCCCAGCCCGCCCGAGACCGCAGGAACAUGGAGGCAGCCGCUGUGGCGGCGGUCCUGGGCUUCCUGCUCCUGGCCGCCGCGGGCGGCUCGGCCGGGGACGAGGCCCGGGAGGCGGCGGCCGUGCGGGCGCUGCUGGCCCGGUUGCUCGGGCCCGGACCGGCGGCCGCCUUCUCGGUGUCGGUGGAGCGCGCCCUGGCGGCCGAGUCCGGCCUGGACACCUAUCGCUUGAGCGGCGGCGGCGCGGGGGCGCGGGUACGGGUGCUCGGCUCCACCGGCGUGGCCGCCGCCGCGGGACUGCACCGCUACCUGCGCGACUUCUGCGGCUGCCACGUGGCCUGGUCGGGCUCUCAGCUGCGCCUGCCGGAGCCGCUGCCCGCCGUGCAGGAGGAGCUGACCGAGGCCACGCCCAACAGGUACCGCUAUUACCAGAAUGUGUGCACGCACAGCUACUCCUUCGUGUGGUGGGACUGGGCCCGCUGGGAGUGGGAGCUGGACUGGAUGGCACUGAAUGGCAUCAACCUGGCACUGGCCUGGAGUGGCCAGGAGGCCAUCUGGCAGCGGGUGUACCUGGCCUUGGGCCUGACCCAGUCAGAGAUCGAUGAGUACUUCACAGGCCCCGCCUUCCUGGCCUGGGGGCGCAUGGGCAACCUGCACACCUGGGGCGGCCCCCUGCCCCGCUCCUGGCACCUCAAACAGCUUUACCUACAGCAUCGGAUCCUGGACCGCAUGCGCUCCUUCGGCAUGAUCCCGGUGUUGCCUGCCUUUGCAGGGCACGUCCCCAAGGCUCUCACCAGGGUGUUCCCUCAGGUCAAUGUCACCCAGCUGGGCAGCUGGGGACACUUCAACUGCUCCUACUCCUGCUCCUUCCUCCUGGCUCCGGAGGACCCUCUAUUCCCUAUCAUUGGGAGCCUCUUCCUGCGGGAGCUGACCAAAGAGUUUGGCACGGAUCACAUCUAUGGGGCCGACACUUUCAACGAGAUGCAGCCCCCCUCCUCGGAGCCCUCCUACCUUGCGGCAGCCACAGCCUCUGUCUACCAGGCCAUGAUCACAGAGUGGGGUGAACGUUGCCCUGCCCUCUCUCCUCUCAUCAGUCCGCUUCUCUGUCUCCCUACCCCCGCGCCAACCACAGUGGACCCCGACGCCGUGUGGCUACUCCAAGGCUGGCUCUUCCAGCACCAGCCCCAGUUCUGGGGGCCGGCCCAGGUGAGGGCCGUGCUGGGGGCGGUGCCCCGUGGCCGCCUCUUGGUUCUGGACCUGUUUGCUGAGAGCCAGCCCAUGUACGUCCGAACGGCCUCCUUCCACGGCCAGCCCUUUAUCUGGUGCAUGCUGCAUAACUUUGGGGGCAACCACGGCCUGUUCGGGGCCCUGGAGGCCGUGAACCGGGGCCCUGCAGCGGCCCGCCUCUUCCCCAAUUCCACGAUGGCAGGCACGGGCAUGGCCCCUGAGGGCAUUGGCCAGAACGAAGUGGUCUACGCCCUCAUGGCCGAGCUGGGCUGGCGGAAGGACCCGGUGGCCGAUUUGGAGGCCUGGGUGACCGGCUUUGCGACCCGUCGGUACGGAGUCGCCCACAAGGGUACAGAGGCCGCGUGGAGGCUGCUUCUCAGGAGCGUCUACAACUGCUCCGGGGAGGCCUGCAGCGGGCACAAUCGCAGCCCCCUGGUCAGGAGGCCAUCCCUGCAGAUGGUCACCACCGUCUGGUACAACCGCUCCGAUGUGUUCGAGGCCUGGCGCUUGCUGCUGACGGCCGCUCCCGCCCUGGCCGCGAGCCCCGCCUUCCGCUACGACCUGCUGGACGUCACUCGCCAGGCGGCCCAGGAGCUGGUGAGCCUCCACUACGGGGAGGCCAGGACCGCCUACCUCAACAAGGAGCUGGUUCCCCUGCUCAGGGCGGCAGGCACCCUGGUCUACGAGCUUCUGCCUGCGCUGGACACAGUGCUGGCGAGUGACCGCCGCUUCCUGCUGGGCGGCUGGCUGGAGCAGGCCCGGGCGGCCGCCGUCAGCGAAGCCGAGGCCCGUGUCUAUGAGCAGAACAGCCGCUACCAGCUGACGCUGUGGGGGCCCGAGGGCAACAUCCUGGACUACGCCAACAAGCAGCUGGCGGGGCUGGUGGCUGACUACUACACCCCGCGCUGGGAGCUCUUCGUGGACAUGCUGGUCGUGAGCCUGGUCCAAGGCAUUCCCUUCCAACAGCACCAGUUUGACGAGAACGCCUUCUGGCUGGAGCAGACCUUUGUCUUCGGCACACGGAGGUAUCCCAGCCAGCCCCAAGGUGACACUGUGGACCUGGUCAAGAAGCUCUUCCUCAAAUAUUACCCGCGGUUGGUGGCUGGCUCCUUGUGACAGAUGAACCACCCCUGGGUGGUGUGCUUCCCAAAUUCCAGGCCUGGGCAAAGGAACUCAAGACCUGCCAGAGGACCAGGCAUGGGAAACUGGGAGGGAGGUGAGCCGCCCUCCUCCGCCACCCCAAGUUUGGGAUCAAAGUACUAUUUUAAUACAACUUAAUAAACUGGUGAAUCACCUGG